CAAUGUCGGAGGUUACAGAAAUGAACCCCAUAUACGCGCCAUUCUUCGGCAUGGCCGGAGUGUAAAUCCCCGGUUCCAGAGGUGCAAGCGAAAGAAGGGGAAGGGGGUGCCAUCCGGCUAACAAAGAGGAAUGGUAGGGCAUCGGCAAUGAUAUUCUCAAGUAUGGGCGCGGCCUACGGUACCGCCAAAGUUCGUUCUUAUCCACCCUUUUCCGGGAAACCCAAACGGAAGCGCGAGUUGCGCAACUGACUGGCUGACUGACGUGACCGACUGACAAAAGGCCGGUAUCGCAAUCUCGGGGAUCGGAACGUUCAAACCGGAGCUCAUCAUGAAGUCCUUGAUCAGUAAGCGUACCUUUUUUUUUUCUUCCCCUUUUCCUCCGAUCCCAGUUCUGAUUGGUUUUCCAAGGCGUGAUCAUGUCCGGUAUAAUAGCCGUUUACGGCCUCGUGAUAGCCGUCCUCAUAGCUGGAGAUCUGGGUCGCAAGGAAUCGUCAUAUUCACUAUUCUCCGGGAUCUUGCACAUGGCUGCUGGGCUGAGUGUUGGGAUGACCGGCCUGGCGGCCGGGUAUGCUAUCGGCCUCGUUGGGAAUGCGGGCUCGAGGGCGUUUUUGCAGCAACCCAAGGUUUUUGUCGGUCAGGUGCUUAUUCUGAUCUUUGCGGAGGUGUUGGGGCUAUAUGGGCUUAUUGUGGCGUUGAUUUUGAAUACUAAGAUUUCAGGGUGAGGGGGAUUGGAGAAAGGGGGGGUUGUAUGAUAGCGGUAGGGGGGACGAAGGCGGGGGGCUAUGCUGUGUUUAAAGGGGAGGGGAUAAUGGGGGUAUGCAAAUUCUGUUUCUCUUUUUAUUUUUAUUUUGUUCUCUUGCUAUUGGGAUUCCGCUUUCUUUCCUACCCUCUAGAAUGGAAAUUGAUUUCAAAAUAUCGGGAUA